AUGAACUCUACCAGGUCCAUCUUCGCCGGAACGAGGGAGGCGCGGAUAUAUCGUAUAAAUUUCAAUGUCGUGUCGUCGUGCUCAGCGCAUGAUACGGUGCACAUCUUCAAGCUUAGGGAGGGGGUGCAAGAUCUGGAUAGUGGGUAUGAGGCAUUCAUCGAGAAGAAGAAAAGGAGUGUUUCCUCGAGUCUGCGGAAGCGGUCAAUGCGUCUGACGAAGAGCCUUAUGCACGCUGUGGGUGAUACCCUUUUAACACGCUCACAGAGAUGUGGGAGCCGUCGCGAGACUUUGCCCUCCUCCAACUGCCAACGAGCGGGGCAUGGAGCAUCGUUGCAUUGUCAGGAACGAUGGCCCAUGGUCAUCUCCGCUGAGGGAUAUUUUUACUUGUACAGCAUCGAUCUGGAAAAUGGGGGAGAAUGUUUGCUGCUGAAGCAGUAUGGUCUAUUGGAUUCGGGCGACGAAUCUUCACUAGCUUCACUUCUGGAUGGGAAACCAGCGGGCAACUGA